AUGGUGGCCGUCAAGGCGGUCGGCAUCAACUUCAGGGAUGUGCUCAACGUGCUGGGCAUGUACCCUGGAGACCCCGGCCCACCGGGCAGCGACUGUGCCGGGAUCGUCAUGCAUGCCGGGUCUGCCUCGGGCUUCAAGCCAGUGGAGAUGGCAAUGGAGAAGGCGGCCGCCAUGGCGCCGGGGGAUCGGGUGUUGGUGCAUGCUGCUGCUGGCGGCGUGGGCCUGGCAGCCAUUCAAGUAGCGCAGGCCAAAGGUGCUGUUGUGCUGGCCACCGCUGGUGGAACUACCAAGCGGUCGCUGCUUCAGAGCUUGGGAGUCCCAAGCGUGCUGGGUUCCCGCGACACAGUGUUUGUCUCAGAGGCAGCUCAGCUGGGCGGCGCUGACAUUGUCCUGAACAGCCUGACCAGCAGCGGCAUGGUGGGUGGCUCGCUGGCAGCGCUCAGCCAGCACGGGCGAUUUGUGGAGAUCAGCAAGCGCGACAUCUGGAGCCCGGCACGCGUGGCGCAGGAGCGUCCCGAUGUCCUAUAUUCGCUUGUUGCUGUGGACUUUCUGCCGCCCUCCGUCAUCAACACCACCCUUCACAAAGUGGCGGCCCAGCUUGCGGCCGGUGUGCUGCGCCCGCUGCGGCAAAUCAGCCACAGCAUGGGCUCCGUGGCCUCUGCUUUCCGUCAGAUGAUCCAGGCAAGUGGUUGGGCUGGGUUUGCGUUCUACGCUUUGGACAUCCCCACGCGCGUGUUUGCACCCAAGCUGGGUGCACUGGAAACUGUUUCAGCUGCUCUUCAGCGCCAGCCUGUGGCCGCCCUGGCACUCUUCUCUUCAGUGGCCUCCCUGCUCGGCGCUGCUGGUCAGCUGGCGGUCAAUGCCUUCAUCUGGGGAACCUAUCUGAAGAGCAGCCAGCCUGCUUUCUUUGAGGCGAUGGCGCCUGAGCAGGCGUCACUGCUGCAGGGUAGCAAGAAGGUGGUAGCAGCACCGAGCGACAUUAAGCGCUCCGUGGCCGCGGUUGCCUCUGCGGCGGACCCGGCUGCUGUGCGGGAGCAAGUCAAGCGGGAGGUGGCAGCCGCUAUCGUGCAGGUGCUGGGCACUGCCAUUGGUGACGACGAGCCGCUCAUGUCAGCGGGACUGGACUCGCUUGGCUCUGUGGAGUUUGCAAACGUGCUGAGCCAGAAGCUCGGCAUGCAAAUGCCGGGCACCCUGGUGUUUGACUACCCUUCAGUCAAUGCCGUCACAGAGUACCUCACAGCCCAGAUGCUCAAGUCGGCGGUGGCAGCGCGUGCCAUUGCUGUCCGGGGGCCUGUCUCCACUGAAUCGUACGAUGCCGAGGCUGAGUUGGCCGGGUAUGGCAGCGUAGCAGUCGGAUCAGACCUGGUGGCCACUGGCAAGUCGCCACGCCAGCGUUACCUGGCCAUCUUGGCGGUUGUGGCACGGCCGCUCAUGGCGGUGCCGUUGUCUGCUUGCGACCAGGCCGACCUGGCAGCAGACCGCAUCCAUCGGGUGCCAUUUGAGCGCUGGGACCUGGACCAGGCGGAGCGCCUGCAGGGGGACGCCCUCACUCAGGCUGCGCAGUUUGGCGCCUUCAUGCUCGAUGCCGACCUCUUUGAUGGGACCGCUCAUGGGCUGUCUGCUGCAGAGGCAGCUGCCAUGGACCCACAGCACAGGCUGGUGCUAGAGGCAUCUGGGGAAGCUCUGCUUGCUUCUGCACCCCUGAAUCCGGUGGCACCAGCCAGAACCGGCGUGUUUGUUGGCAUUUCAUGGACAGAGUAUGCUCGCAUGGCAGCAGAAGCGGGCACAGCUGUGAGCGCGUAUACUGCGCAGGGCGCUGUGCUGAGCGUCUGUCCCGGUCGUGUGGCAUACCAUUACGGCCUCAAGGGCCCGGCAGUAGCGGUUGACACCGCCUGCUCAUCCUCCCUGGUGGCCACCAGCUCGGCCCGGGACGCGACGCUUGGCAGCGGAGGAGCUGCACUGGCAGGCGGCAUCAACAUGAUGCUGGCCGCGACCACCACUUUCAUGUUCAAGCGUGCCGGCAUGCUAUCGGUGGACGGGCGCUGCAAGGCACUUGACAAGUCAGCCGAUGGUUAUGUGCGCUCUGAGGCAUGCGCCCUCAUGCUGCUUGGGAGCCACUCUACCACCGAGGCGGGUGGCGCUCUGGUGCUUCUGCUGGGCAGCGCGGUGAACCAAGGCGGCCGAGCCAGCAGUCUGACCGCGCCCAAUGGCCCGAGCCAGCAGGAGGUGGUCCGCCUGGCACUGGCCUCAGCAGGCAUGGCAGUGCACAAUGUGGCUGGCUUGCAGCUGCACGGCACGGGCACCACCCUGGGAGACCCCAUUGAAUUAGGCGCAGCGGCGGCUACAAUCGGCGCCAAGCAGCAGUCUGCCAGCUUUGGCCGCAUCGAGGCAACACGCGUGGAUGGCAGGGUUGGAGGCAGUGGAGUAGAGCCUGCCUGCCUGGAUGCAUCUUUCCAUCUAGGUGCCCUGCCAGCUGGUGCCAGCUCAGCCCCUCCCGAACUGCGCGUGCCGGCAGCCAUUGCCGCGUACCAGGUGUCUGGUCUGGGCAACCUCCAGACGCUUUUGCUGCUCCAUCCUGCUGCCCACAGCUUGCUCUUUUCCUCGGUGGCGGCGCUGCUGGGCUCCCCCGGCCAGGCCAACUACAGCGCAGCAAACGCGGCGCUGGAUGCUGCGGCGCAGCGCGCCCAGCAGUCUGGGCUGCCUACAGCCAGCGUGCAGUGGGGUGCCUGGUCUGGGGCAGGCAUGGCGGCACAGGACCGCUCCACGGCGCUGCGGGUGCAGCGCAUGGGCAUGGCGAUGGUCCCUCCAGAUUCGGGCCUGGCUGCCCUGCACCACCUGAUGUGCGCAGAGCCUGCAGCACCAGCUGUUGUUGCGGGUGUGCCGUUCCUGCGGACCGCGCUUGCCGCCCAGCAUCAGCAGCAGAUACAGCGGGCAGCCAUUGCAAGGGCAGAGCCACCCACUUUCUUCUCUGAGUUUGCAGACAGCUCGCCAGCAGCAACAGCUGCGGCAAUAGCUGUGCUCCCGCAAGCUGCAGCUGGUGCCAGCAGGGAGGCGGUACUGAGAGAUGUGCUGGUGGUACUGGGCGGCAUUCUGGGAGCUGACAUUGGCCCCAGCGAGCCGCUGAUGGCGGCCGGCCUGGACAGCCUGGGCGCCGUGGAGCUGCGCAACAGUCUGGAGGCCAAGCUGGCAGUCAAACUUUCCUCCACCCUCAUUUUUGACUACCCAACCGCAUCAGCUGUGGCUGACUACAUCUCUGCCCAGCUUGGUGCCCCUAUGGCUCAGCCAGCUGGCAUCACGGUCAAGACGCCUGUAGCAUCGGCGGUGUCAUCAGCAGCGCAUGUGGAGCGAGCAACAGCGGCUGUUGCGGCUGUGGUGUCGGAGAUUCUGAAUGUUGCCAGCCUCGACCCCCAACAGUCCCUGAUGGCUGCUGGCCUGGACAGCCUGGGAGCCGUGGAGCUACGCAACAGCCUGGAGAGCAAGCUGGGCCUGGCCCUGCCCUCCACUCUGGUGUUUGACUACCCCACAGCGGCAGCCCUCGGCAGCUACAUUGCCUCCAGGCUGCAGCCAGCUGCCGGUCAAGCUCAGACGCGCGCGAUGGUGGACCUCUUCUCCAUUGAUGGUGCCAUGAUGGCAGGUGGCAUGUCGGGCCCAGCUUCCCUGGCGGUGGCUGCCAUCGCCUUCCGCUCCCCCAAGGGCGCUCUGCGAUCUGGCUUGGCACCCGUGGAUGCCACAUCAGCGGUGCCGCUGGAGCGGUUCUCAAUCUUCUUGGACAGCGUCGAGCUGUUUGAUGCCACCGCCUUCAGCAUCAGCGACAAUGAGGCGGUGCUCAUGGACCCGCAGCAGCGCCUGCUGCUGGAGGCGGCGGGCGAGGCAUUGCUGGCGGCGGGGGCGGCUGGUGCUGGCCCUGCUGGCCCUGGUGCUGAUGGCGGCAUCGGCGGCGCAGGCGUGUUUGUGGGCAUCACAUCGACUGAGUAUGGCCAGCUGGCACAGCGGCAUGCUCGUGGCUACACGCCCUACUCAGCUACCGGCCACCUCACCGCCGGCGUGGCGGCGGGUCGCCUGUCCUACACGUUCGGCCUCAAGGGGCCCUCUCUGCCCGUGGACACUGUCUGCUCCUCCUCCCUGGUCAGCCUGCACAUCGCCUUCUCCAGCGUGGCCCUAGGGCAGUGCCCUUCAGCCCUGAAUGCGGGAGUCAAUCUGCUGCUGACCCCAAACACGACCGCCAUGACCCAAAAGGCCGGCAUGCUGGCGCUGGAUGGGCGCUGCAAGACGCUGAGCCCUGCCGCCGACGGCUACGCCAGGGCCGACGCAUGCGGCGUCAUGCUGCUGCUGCCGACGGGAUCUGGCGCCAAUGGCGGCCGCGCCCUGGCCCUGCUCGCCGGCACAGCAGUCAACCAGGAUGGGCGCAGCAGCAGUCUGACGGCGCCAAACGGCCCCAGCCAGCAGGAGGUGGUGUACCAGGCGCUGGGUGCUGCUCGAUUGGAGCCGUUCGCAGUGACUGCACUGCAGAUGCACGGCACAGGCACCUCGCUGGGCGACCCUAUUGAAGUGGGCGCUUUGGCAGCUGCCCUGGUGGAGCGCCGGCCGGCUAGCUGGGCGGCGCCGCUGAGCCUGCUGGCAGCCAAGUCAUGGAGUGGGCACGCCGAGCCGGGAGCAGGCAUGGUGGGCCUGGUGCAUGCGCAGGCAGCCCUGGCGCAGGUGGCGCUACUCCCAAUCCUGCACCUCCAGCAUGUUAACCCCUAUGUGGCAGGUGCGAUGGAGAUGGCGGCAGGCAAGCAGGCUGGCUGGGCAGUGCCUCGUCAGCCGGGCGCGCUGCCAACAGCCACGACAGCGGGCGGCAACAGAGGGCAGCUCGCUGCCAUCAAGGCUGCCCGCGGCAGGAUAGCUGUAACAGGCGGCAUGGGCUCCCUGGGCCUGGUACUUGCCAGAUGGGUGGAGGAUGCUGAGCUGGCAACUCAGCUGGUGCUUUUUGGGCGCACCGGCCGCCUGGCAGGCACUGAGGCAGCGGCCAGCCUGACAUGUCUGCUGGCAAACUCAGCAGCAGCCAUGACUCUGGCCAUGGCUGAUGUGGCAGGCAGCGAGGGCAGCAGCAGUGCACUGGAGCCAGCAGCUGGCUCGAUGGCGGCGCUGACAGCGCUGUUUCACUCUGGCGGCUUGUUGGCUGAUGCCACCCUGGCCAAGCAGGCGCCAGCUGGCAUCCGAGCUGUGUUUUCAGCCAAGGUGACAGCUGCGCAACGCUGGCAACACACCGUGCAAGCACAGCCAGCUGCUGCUCAAGUGCUGUUCUCCUCGGUUGCGGCUCUGCUGGGCUCAGGAGGCCAGACUAACUACAGCGCAGCCAAUGCGGCACUGGAUGCCAUGGCAAGCAACCAUCAACAAAAGGGGCUGCUCACAGCCAGCGUGCAGUGGGGCGCGUGGUCAGGAGGAGGCAUGGCAGCGCAGGACCGCUCCACGGUGCUACGGGUGCAACGCAUGGGCAUGGCCAUGAUUGAUGCUGCGCGUGGCAUGGGAGCUCUGCACGACCUCCUGUCUUCUCCCAGCACCAGCAGCGGCGGCGGCGUGUUCACCGCCGUCCCCUUCAACUGGCCCACCUUCAUUGGCAGGUUGGGAGGCAAGCCGGUGCCAUCCAUGUUUGCUGCCUUUGCAGACCAGGUGGCACCAGCACUUACAGCCGGCAGGGAGGCAUCGCCUGCCGCACCACGACCCGCCGCCAGGCCAGUCGUGGCAGCACCACGGGUGGCACGCCAAUCAGCUGUGCCACCACAUACCAGCGCUGCCUUGGAGGUCUUCAAGCAGCAUGUGGCAGCGGAGGUGGCGGCAGCAGCCCGAAGCAUCUUGGGCGCCGAUGUUGGCGCCAAUGAGCCGCUUGUUGCCGCUGGCCUGGACAGCUUAUCUUCAGUCGAGCUGCGCAACAGUCUGGAGGGCAAGCUGGGCCUGGAGCUGCCCUCCACCCUGGUGUUUGACUACCCCACAGUCAACGCUAUUUCCCAGUUCAUCAGCACCAACCAUCCCUCAGCAGCUGCAGCGGCUGGGCAAAGUGCGGCGGCGGGCAGCACCGGAGAGGAAAAGGAGGUGGGGGAAGCCGCCAGCGCCGAGCAUCUGGCAUACAUCCAGGGCGAGGUUGCUGAGGUGUUACGCGGCAUCCUUGGAGGCGACGUGGUGGACGAUGUGCCACUCAUGUCGGCGGGCCUGGACUCUUUGAGCUCAGUCGAGCUGCGCAACAGCCUGGAGGUCAAGCUUGGCAUCGAGCUGCCUUCCACCCUGGUGUUUGACUACCCAACUGUGGCCGCCAUUGCACGCCUGGUCAGCACAAUGCUGGCUCCCCCUGGUGGAGCGGCAGCUCCUGCAGCCGGCGGCAUGGAGGCCGACUUUCUGUCGAAUUUGCUGGACACCUCCCUGGUGGAUACUUCUGGCUUCUACGACCUGGCAGCUGGCAGCAGCAGUGGCAGUGGUGCUGUGGAGGUGGUUGACCUGUUUGAUGCCGCAGCCUUCAGCAUCAGCGACGCCGAGGCGGUGCUCAUGGAUCCGCAGCAGCGCCUGCUGCUGGAGUCGGUGGCAGAGGCGCUGAUGCAAGGCGGAACCAACACCCUGCAGGCAAGCAUGUGCAGCAGACAGACAUGUGCUGGAAAAGAAAGCUGUCCCCGCUUCUGCCUCAACCAACUUCCUCGUUGCGUGUGUGUGCAGCGCCGUGAAGCGGCGGCUUGUGGUGUCUAUGUGGGCACAUCAUUUGAGGACUAUGGGCGCCUGACCUCAGAGUCUGCAGGCGUGACCACCUAUACAGCCACAGGCACCACAUCCAGCGUGGUCAGCGGGCGCAUCAGCUACAGCUUUGGGCUGAGGGGCCCCGCCCUUACCAUCGACACGGCUUGCUCCUCAUCACUGGUCAGCGUGCACAUGGGCUUCAACGCUCUUCAGCUGCGCCAGUCUGCCUCGGCUGCGGCUGCUGGUGUCAACCUCAUCCUGCACCAAGAGACCUCCGCCAUUGCCCAAAAGGCCGGCAUGCUGGCCCCUGACGGCCGUUGCAAGGCGCUGAGCGCAGCGGCAGAUGGCUACGGGAGGGCAGAGGCCUGUGGAGUGCUACUGCUGCAGCAGGCCGGCGCCAGUGACGGCAGUGGGCCGGUAGCAACUCUCGCGGGCAGCGCAGUCAACCAGGAUGGACGCAGCAGCAGCCUGACGGCUCCCAACGGUCCCAGCCAGCAGGAAGUGAUGCGCCAGGCGCUAGGCGCCGCCAGCCUGGCAGCUGUUGCGGUGGCUGGACUCAGCAUGCAUGGUACUGGGACAGCGCUCGGCGACCCGAUUGAAGUGGGAGCAGCAGCAGCAGUGUUGGCGGUCGGCAGCAGCGGUAGUAGCAGCAACGCCCGGGCUGCACUUGUUCUUAUGGCCAGCAAAUCAUGGAUUGGGCAUUCAGAGCCAGGAGCAGGCGUUGUGGGCCUGACACAUGCCCACCUGGCUCUUGCCCGUGCCGUGAAGCUGCCUGUGCUGCACCUUGGACCCAUGAAUCCAUAUGUCACAGCUCUCAUGGAGCGGCAGCCUGGAAGCUGGUCAGUUCCACGCCAGCCCGCUGAGCUGGGCACCCUGCCCGCCAAUGAGGCCAGCCCAGAUAUGCAUGCUGUCAUCGGCACCAGCGCGUUUGCAUUCCAAGGCACCAAUGCCCACGCUCUGCUGGCGGCUGCUCCAUUCGCCAGCGCCAGGGUGGGCCCCAUGGGCGCCAGCUCGGCCUGGCAGCAGCAGCGCUACUGGGUGUCGCCGGCUGUCCACAGCCUGUUGGAGUCCUUCCGCCCAGCCAAGGGCCACAAGGCUGUGUUGGCCUGCUGCCUGGCGGGUGCCACUGCUGUGGGCAGCUCUGGGCUGUCCUACCUGUGGGAUCACCAGAACCUGGCGCCACUGCCGGUGGAUGGCAGUGCUGCCAGUGUGGGCGCGGGCCAGUUGCUGGUUGCAGUCAAGGCAGUGGGCAUCAACUUCAGGGAUGUGCUCAACGUGCUGGGCAUGUACCCAGGAGACCCCGGUGCGCCCGGCGGUGACUGUGCCGGCGUGGUUGUGGCAUCUGGUGCUGGCGUGAGCCAUCUCAGGCCUGGUGACGCCGUGUUUGGGCUGGCUGGCGGCAGCCUGGGCAGCCACGUGCAUAUGCCCACCAAUUUGGACUUUGAGGAGGCGGCCACCACACCCACCGUCUGCAUCACAGUGGACAGUGCAUUCCGCCAGUCGGCGGCGGUGCUCCCCGGAGACCGGGUGCUGGUGCACGCUGCUGCUGGCGGCGUGGGCAUUGCUGCAAUUCAGCUCAUCGCUGCCCUGGGUGCCGAGACGCUGGCUACUGCCGGCAGCAGCAACAAGCGGGCGUUGGUCCGCUCGUUGGGCCCCAGCCAGGUGCUGGGCUCCCGGGACACCGUGUUCGCAUCAGAGGCAGCCCAGCUGGGUGGCGCCAGCGUGGCACUCAACAGCCUGACCAGCAGCGGCAUGGUGGCGGGGUCGUUGGCGGCGCUGAGCGCCGGCGGCCGGUUUGUGGAGAUCAGCAAGCGCGACAUCUGGAGUGCGGCACGGGUAGCACAGGAGCGCCCCGACGUCGCCUACUCACUGGUGGCUGUGGACUUCCUGCCUCCGCCCGCUGUGAACGCAACCCUGUCCCGCCUGGCCUCCGACCUCGCCACUUGCGCGCUGCGCCCUCUGCCGCGCGUGGUGCACAAACUGGCUGCCGUGCGCGCCGCUUUGCGCCAGAUGAGCCAGGCCCGCCACGUCGGCAAGAUUGUGGUCCAUGCACGCACUCUGCAGCAGCAGCAGGGCACUGAAAAGGGAGUGAUCCACUCUGGCGGCGUGCUAGCGGACGCCGCCAUUGCCAACCAGACCAUGCAGAGCAUUCGCACCUCCUUUGCACCCAAGGCAUCGGGUGCUCACCUAUGGCAGCUGCCUGUUGGCCUACAGCCCUCGGCACUGCAUCUGACGUUCUCCUCGGUGGCAGCUCUGCUGGGCUCUCCUGGCCAGGCCAACUACAGCGCAGCGAACGCGGUGCUGGAUGCCACGGCUCAUGGAUGGCGGGAACAGGGCUUGGGUGGGCUGAGCAUCCAGUGGGGCGCUUGGGCUGAGGGCGGCAUGGCGGCCGGCAAUGCAGCCACCGCCAAGGCAGUUGAGCGCCUGGGCAUGCGCAUGAUUGCUCCAGACCAGGGGGUGGGUGCCAUUCAAGCACUCAUGCUGCUUCAUGGAAUAGCAGCACUGCCGGCUGUUACGGCAGUGGUGCCGUUCCGCUGGGUCCGCUUCAUCCAGCGCCUGGGCGGCGGCCCUCUGCCCCCCAUGUUUGCUGCUUUCGAAGCUGAGGCCGCAGCAGACACUGCCAAGGAGCAGACAGCAGCUCGGGCCGGCCCCGCCGCCUUGCCAGCUGCCAUUGAGGAGGCAGCUGGCGAUGCGGAUGUGAAAUCCAGCAGGCACCGCCGAUCAUCUCCCAGGCGGCGCAUUGCGGCGGCAUCCAGGCGGCCCGUCAAGAUCGCUGCCGCAGCCGCUGCUGGGACAGCAGCCUCUGAUGCCGCAGCCAGCAAGGAAUACAUGGUGGCUCAGGUGCAGGAGGCAGUGGCCUCAGUGCUGGGCUCGGCGGUUGGGCUGGACGAUCCGCUAAUGGCGGCCGGCCUGGACUCGCUUGGCUCAGUCGAGCUCCGCAACGCUCUCGAGAAGCAGGCAGGCGUUGAGCUACCCUCCACCCUGGUGUUUGACUACCCUACCAUCUCCGCGCUAGCAGGCUUUAUGGCGGGUAAAUUUGGCGUGUUCCUGGAUGGCGUGGCACUGUUUGACCCCGCCGCGUUGAGCAUCAGCGAGCCCGAAGCGGCACUGAUGGAUCCGCAGCAGCGCCUGCUGCUGGAGACUGCCAGCGAGGUGCUGCUGGCACGUUCAGCCGAGGCGGCGGACGAGCUGCUGCGUGCCAACUGGGGCGUGUUUGUGGGCGUGUCCUCCAACGACUACCAUCGUGUGAUGUCCAAACACAUGAUGGGAGCCUACACGUCGCCCUACUCAGCCACCGGCUACCCUGUGUUACAGUCACCCCGCUAUGAUAGGCCGCCCUGCUCCUCCUCCCUGGUCAGCCUGCAUAUGGCCUUCAAUAGCCUGCUGAGGGCAGGCAUGAUGGCUGCUGAAGGCCGCUGCAAGGCCCUGGAUGCCGCCGCCGACGGCUACGUGCGUUCCGAGUCGGCAGUCAGCGUGCUGCUGCACCCCAUCGGUGGCUACGAGGACACCACGUCCGGUGGCCGGGUGGUGCUGUUGGCGGGCACAGCGGUCAACCAGGGCGGGCGCAGCAGUACUCUGACUGCCCCCAACGGCCCCGGCCAGCAGGCUGUCAUCCGCGCUGCGCUGGAUGAGGCGGGUCUUGCACCUGGCAGCAUCACGGAGCUGUCAAUGCACGGCACAGGCACCCCGCUGGGCGACCCUAUAGAAGUGGGUGCCGCAGCAGCGGUCCUGGUGGAGCGCCAAAACGCGAAGCGCGUGCAGCAGCCGCUGGCCUUGUUUGGGUCCAAGUCAUGGGUCGGCCACUCGGAGCCUGCCUCGGGCAUGGUGGGCUUUGCGCAUGCCGCCAUGGCACUGGGCGGCAAACACUCGCUGGGCAUCAGCCACCUGCGCCACCUCAAUCCUUACGUCAUCACCAGCAUGAAGGUCACAGGCACGCCGCAGCCCAAGUGGACUAUGCCCCGCGCCACCACCGGCCUGCCUCUCCACGACUCCAGUGGCGAGAUGCUGAGCGGCGUCAGCGCCUACGCCUUCCAAGGCACCAACGCCCACGCCCUGCUGCAGUGUCCACCUGAGGCGCUAGCCGGCAGCAGCCUGACCAACCCCUCGCGCCCUGCAGCAGCUUACUGGCAGCGCGAGGCGCACUGCCGCAAAUUUAAAAUUAUGAACCAACCUGUCAUCCUUUAUGCCUUAGAACGGCGCCAAAACGGCGCCAAGAAUGUGUUUCUCACUAAGUCAGAUGUAGAGGGCAUCAUCCGGAUCAAGCAGGGCGACCAGCAGGCGCCCUCAGGCCGGCGGCGGCGGGGUGCGGGAGGGGGGGCGGCAGUGCAGGGCGGCGCCAAGAACUACAGCAAGAAGGUGCUGCAGUUCUUCCAGGUGCUGAAGGGCGCUGGCGGUCAGGACAUCCUGUGCCGCUGCGUCAAGCGCAGCGGAGAGUGGCGGUGGUGCCCCGUGGUGCCGCUCGAGGAGCUGCCCCGAGUGAUCAAGGAGCACCACGAGCGGGCGACUGGCUUCAGCGGUGUGGAGAAGCUGUACACACAUCUGGCAGCUGCUGCUGCUAUAAGCAGCGCCCUGAAGGUGCCUGCCGCCCUGGCAUGUCUUCUGACACCCGAACGGCUUGCGGCGCCCCAGCUGGCGGCAGCCAGCAGGCAGCAAGGCGCUGCCACGGCAGCAGAUGCCCCAUCACUGGUUGACUAUUGGCUGAUGGAGCCUGCUGGUGGCUUUGGCGUGGGCAUCAGAGACCUGCUUAACGUGCUGGGUAUGUACCCGGGAAACCCUGGCCCACCAGGAGCAGACAGCUCGGGUGUGGUGGUGGCUGUCGGCCCUGGCGUGAAUCAGCUGCGGCCUGGCGAUGCUGUGUUCGGGCUUGCAGCUGGCAGCCUGGGUAGCCACGUGCAUGCCCACGCAGACACAGUGGUCCUCAUGCCUUCCAACCUGGGCUAUGAGGAGUCGGCCACCACCCCCACUGUCUUCAUCACCGUCGACAACGCCUUCCGGGAGAACACCGUGGUGCGCCCUGGCGACCGGGUGUUGGUGCACGCCGCUGCCGGAGGCGUGGGCAUUGCAGCCAUUCAGAUGGUGGCAGCCCUGGGUGGCGUCACUGUCGCUACGGCCGGCAGCAGCAACAAGCGGGCGCUGGUCCGCUCGCUGGGCCCCAGCCAGGUGCUGGGCUCUCGGGACAGCAUUUUUGUGAGCGAGCUGGCAGAGGUUGGGGUCGCCAGUGUGGUGCUCAACAGCCUGACCAGCAGCGGCAUGGUGGCGGGAUCACUGGCGGCGCUGAGCACCGGCGGCCGGUUUGUGGAGAUCAGCAAGCGCGACAUCUGGAGCCCGGCGCGCGUCGCACAGGAGCGCCCCGACGUCGCGUACUCGCUGGUUGCCGUGGACUUCCUGCCUCCACUGGCGGUCAACACCUCCUUGUCCCGUCUCAGCAGCCAGCUGGCUUCUGGCGUGCUGCAGCCCCUCCCACAGGUGGCCCACAGCCUGUCGGUGGUGCAGGCAGCGCUGCGCCAGAUGAGCCAGGCACGCCAUGUGGGCAAGAUUGUGGUACGAGCUCCUACCACACAGAUCACCAGAGCAGAGCCAGCCAGAGUCAUCAUUGUCACUGGCGGCCUCGGCACACUGGGUUCGCUGACUGCUGCCUGGGUGGCACAGCACAGCAAGCUGCAGGUAAAGGUAAAGGUAAAGGUGGGGAAGAGCCUCCACAAGCUUCACUUCCCGGUUUUAACGUCUAGCUUUAGACCAUUAUUUGAUCUGCCCGACGCGCCAACGCCUUCAAAGAAGGCCUUUCUUAGCCGCAGCCAGGUGCAUGCCACCGGCAGGACGGGUCGCUUCUCGGCCGAUGUCAGUGCCAGCAGCGGCAACCUGGCGGGCCUGGUGGCAGGCAGCUUUGCUGGGCUGCUGAGCAUGACGAGUGCGGAUGCGGCAGCGGCAGAGGACGCGGGCCUGCUGCUGGCUGGAAGCAUGAAUGGCAGUGGCAGCUACGCGCCAAGGGCGGCAGUGGCUGGCAUUCUGCAUGCCAGCGGCGUGCUGGCAGAUGCCAUGCUAGGCAAUCAGAGCCUCAAGGGGCUGCGCACAGCCUGGGCACCCAAGGUGGCCGCUCUCGAGCGGCUGGGUGGCGCCUAUGGCUGGCAGCCUGGCAGCAUCCAGCUCCUCUUCUCAUCCAUCGCGGCCCUGCUGGGCUCUCCUGGCCAGGCCAACUACAGCGCGGCCAAUGCAGCGCUGGAUGCCAUGUCCCAGUCAGCGCAGGCCGAGGGCCUGCCCAGCAGCAGCGUGCAGUGGGGCGCGUGGGCUGGCUCUGGCAUGGCUGGGCACGACGCCUCCACCAGGGCUCGCGUCGAGCGCAUUGGCCUGGGCUUGGUGGAGACCGACUCUGGGUUGGCUGCCCUUGAGGGACUGAUGCUGCUGGCAGUGGCGGCUGUGCCAGCACAGGCAGCGGCUGUGCCCAUCCGCUGGCCUACUUUCAUCCAGCAACAGUUCAAGAGCCUGCCGCCCGCCAUGUUUGGCGCGUUUGCUGAUCGGGUGGCCCCCAUGGCAGUGCAGCCGCCUCGGACAGCCGCACCACGCAUGCGUACCAACAGGAAGCAGCGUGCGCCAGGCGGAAGCAGCAGAACCCUGGCCGCUGCAGUAGGCAGCACGAGAUCAGCAGAGCACGAGGCCUUCAUGCUUCAGCAGGUGCAAGAGGCGGUGGCAGCUGUGCUGGGCAGCGCGGACAUAGAUCCACAGCAGCCGCUCAUGGCUGCCGGCUUGGACAGCCUGUCCUCCGUUGAGCUGCGCAACAGCUUGGAGGGCAAGCUUGGCCUGGAGCUGCCUACAACUUUGGUGUUUGAUUACCCCACAAUGGCAGCGUUGGCAGGCUUCCUGGCCAGCAAGAUCCAGCCUGGCGCGAGUGCUGUUGCUAAGGCGCCAGAUACCUCAUCGGAUAGUGGAGACGACAGCGAUGGAGCAGGAAUGACACAUGAUGUUGUCCCUCGCAUUUCCCGCAGCCGCAGCCCUGAUACCUCACACAAGCGCCGCCGCAGGCACCAUGCACCUCCAAGGGCAACAGGACUGGGCGAUGCCCCUGCCUCGCCAAAAUCUCACCGGGCCUUCAUGCUGCAGCAGGUGCAAGAGGCGGUGGCAGCUGUGCUGGGCAGCGCGGACAUAGAUCCACAGCAGCUGCUCAUGGCUGCCGGCUUGGACAGCCUGUCCUCCGUUGAGCUGCGCAACAGCUUGGAGGGCAAGCUUGGCCUGGAGCUGCCUACAACUUUGGUGUUUGAUUACCCCACAAUGGCAGCGUUGGCAGGCUUCCUUGCCAGCAAGAUCCAGCCAGCGGCAGGGACGGCAACUGAGGCAGCAUUAGAGGAUGGCAGCAGCUCUGAGGUCGCCGCCAGUGAGGACAGCGAGGACUCUGCGCCGCCACAGGCACCACGCCGCAGGCGGCGCAAGGCAACUUCAUGCCGGGCUGCCCACAUUGCAGUUGGGGCAGGCCAACAGGCUGCUAUGUCGCCAAGGUCUCACCAGGCCCUAAUGCUGCAGCAGGUGCAGGAUGCGGUGGCAGCCGUGCUGGGCAGCGCAGACAUUGAUUCGCAGCAGCCUCUUAUGGCAGCUGGCCUGGACAGUUUAUCUUCAGUUGAGCUGCGCAACAGCCUGGAGGGCAAGCUUGGGCUGGAGCUGCCUACAACUUUGGUGUUUGACUAUCCCACAAUGGCAGCCAUGGCGGGCUUCCUUGCCAGCAAGGUUCAACCUGGUGCUGGGCUCAGUGAGCUGGCAGCAGCGGCCGACUCAGCAUCUGAGACAGACACGUACAGCAGGAGCGAUGCCAGCUACAGCUGGGAUGAGGAGGCUGCUGGCUGCACGCAGCCAGCCGGCGUGGUUCUCCCAGUUCACCAUGCCCGCAAAGUGGUUGCCGUCACUGGCAUGGUUGUCCGGGCACCGGCGGAUGCGUUUGCUAGCAUCCGUCCCUUGGACGCAGUGCAGAUGGUGCCCGCCAGUCGUUGGGACCUGGAGGCACAUGUCGACCUGUUUGGUGGCCUUCCUGUUCGGUUUGGCACGUUCCUGGCUGCCGACAUGUUUGACGCAGCCGCCUUUGCUACCUCGGAUGCUGAGGCGCUGCUCAUGGACCCUCAACAGCGCCUGCUGCUGGAAACCGUUGGCGAGCUGCUGGUUGCCCAGGCUGGGAGACCUGGCCUGGACGCAUCUGUCCGUCGGGAUGUUGGCGUGUUUGUUGGCCUUUCAACAGUUGACUAUCUCAAGCUGAUGGCAAAGUACACUCCAACGCAUGUGUCGGGUUACAAUGCAACGGGCACAGCCCACAGUGUGGCCAGUGGCCGCAUCAGCUACACGUUUGGCCUCAGCGGGGCCGCGAUGACAGCUGACACAGCAUGCUCCUCCUCUCUGCUCAGCCUGCACAUGGCUUUCAACAGCCUGCUGCUGGGCAACAUCAGCAAGGCGGCCAACAGCGGUGCAAACCUCAUGCUAUCAGAGACUGUGUCUGUAGCCUUCCGCAAGUCAGGUAUGCUGGCAGCAGAUGGGAGGUGCAAGACUCUGGAUGCCGUCGCCGACGGCUAUGUGCGGGCUGAGGCUGCUGGGUCCAUGCUCCUGGAGCUGCUUUUGGAAGGAAAGCUGCGGCAGCAGCGGGCUGCAGCAGUGCUGGUGGGCAGCGCAGUCAAUCAAGACGGCCGCAGCAGUGGGCUGACAGCGCCCAAUGGGCCGGCGCAGCAGGAUGUCAUGCGUGCCGCACUGUCUAUUGCGGGCAUGGCAUCUAGCGCGGUUAGCGCCGUGCAGCUGCAUGGCACAGGCACCUCGUUGGGUGACCCAAUCGAGGUUGGCGCCCUGGCGGCAGUGAUGGUGGCAUCUGCGGCAUUCCAGCCUAACGGUGCGCCAACAGCUCUAAUGGCGGGCAAGUCGCUGAUCGGCCAUUCUGAGCCAGCUGCUGGCGUCAUGGGGCUGGGACAUGCCCACUUGGCAGUGGCUUUGAGAGCCUCCCUCCCGGUCCUCCACCUGCACACAACCACCAGCACGCAGGCAGAAGUGCUGCAAGUGGCGAUGGCUCCUUCGGCAGGCACUUUUGAUGCGGUGCUUGUUAAUGGCGGCAGCAUCACUGACAGGCAGUGCGGCAGCGGUCGACUGACCAGCACAGCCAUCGCAGCUGGCAAGACAUCGCUGCUUCGCACCAGCCAGGGCACCAGCCGCCAGGCAUUCGCCGCUCUGCUGGGGGCCAAUCGGCCAUCGGUUGCGCCUGCAGCUGGUGUGGUAGCAUUUCUGGAGGCAGAAACCUGCAGCCUGCUGCAGACUGUGGCAGUGGCGGCACCCAAGCACACUGCGCUAUGCAACCUCAGCCAGCAGGCGGCUGCUGUGCCGCUAUCUUUGCAGCUCCUGUUCUCCUCAGUGGCAGCUCUGCUGGGUUCCCCUGGCCAGGCCAACUACAGCGCAGCUAAUGGGGCCAUGGAUGCUGCGGCUCAACAUGCGCAGCAGGCUGGCACUGUCGCCACCAGCGUGCAGUGGGGCGCCUGGGCAGGCGCCGGCAUGGCGACCAACGAUGCCUCCACAGCUUCCAGGCUGGAGCGCUUGGGCUUGGGGCUCAUUCCCAUCAGCUCCGGUCUGCAGGCCCUGGCAGUGGCUGUCGCUGGCAGCACCUCUAGCGGCCCUGUGCUGGCAGCGGUGCCCUUCCGCUGGCCACAGUUUGUGGCUGCUGCCCGCAAGCCGCUGCCCGAGCUAUUUGCCCCAUAUGUCACAGAUGGGACAGAUGGCAGCAUGACCAAGACAGCUGCUGCAACCUCAAGCCUGCCAGCUGUGGAUGCUGCCACAGUUGAGGCAGCUGUGCGGGAAGCGGUGCGAGGCAUCCUCGGCACUGAUGUCGGUGCCGGCGAGCCUCUCAUGGCGGCAGGCCUGGACAGCCUGGGCGCUGUGGAGUUGCAGAGCAGCCUUGAGAGGCAGCUGGGUCUGAAGCUGCCCUCCACGCUUGUUUUUGACUACCCCACUGUGGCCGCUUUGACCGAGUUCUUGACCGGCAAACUCAGCCAGGUCGCGCCAGCUGGCAGCUCCUCGGCGCUCGGCGCCUCUUCCUUUGGCCUGAGAGGGGCACUCAUUGCAGCAGUGCCUGCUUCCGGCACCGCUACAGUGGCGAUGCUGGGUACCAGCUGGCGUUCGCCACAUGGCGCUCUGAACCACCUGGCUUCAGCCACCAUGGGUAUUGACCCUGUGCGCCUGGUGCCGUUUGACCGCUGGGAUGUGGAGGCAGACCCUUUGGCGGCACGUUUCGGCGGUUACCUGGCUGGCAUCGCCGCCUUUGAUACCGCCGCCUUUGCCACGCCCGACGCCGAAGCUGCUCUCAUGGACCCACAGCAACGCCUGCUGCUGGAAAGUGUGGGAGAGGCGCUGCUGUCAGCACCUGCUGAUGCAGCCCUGGCGCCCAUGCGCACUCGUGGCGUCUAUGUUGGUAUUGCCUCCUCGGACUAUGGCAGCCUGGUGGCGCGGCAUGCUGAGCGUGGUGUGUACCACGCCACCUCCUCUGCACUCUCUGUUGCCUGUGGCCGCCUGUCAUAUGUAUUUGGACUGAGCGGCCCCAGCAUCAGCGUGGACACAGCGUGCUCGGCCUCCCUGGUGGGCCUGCACAUGGCUGCCAAGGGCCUCCAGACUGGCGAGGCAAGGGCUUCAUACGCCUCUGGCAUUCACAUCCAGGCCACCUCCGCCUCCACAUCUUACGUCUGGACAGCCAGCAUGCUGUCGCCCCACGGCCGCUGCCGCGCGCUGGAUGCCGCUGCCGAUGGCUAUGUGCGUGGUGAAACGGUGGUCACUGUUGUGCUGGCCACUGCCGAGGUGGCAGCUGCUAGCCCUGGCCCUGUGCCAGCUGUGCUCAUCCUUGGUAGUGCCGUCAAUCAGGAUGGGCGCAGCAGCAGCCUGACGGCGCCCAACGGACCGGCGCAGCAGGAGGUCAUCCGCGCUGCCAUGCUCAGCGCAGCAAUAACGCAGGCAGCAGUGGGCGGCUUGUCGAUGCACGGCACAGGCACCCCACUGGGCGACCCCAUUGAGGUGGGCGCCGCCCUGGCGGUGUACAGCGAGGCGUCACGUCAGCAGACGCUGGUCCUCGCAGCCAGCAAGUCGUGGGUGGGACAUGCGGAGCCAGCAGCAGGCCUGGCUGGCCUACUGUUUGCCCACGCGGCAGCCACCCAGGCACUCACCCUGCCGCUGCUGCACCUGCGGAGCGUCAAUCCUUACGUCACUAACACUCUGGAGCAGCAGCUAGGCACGGGGGGCAUUGCCGCGGCGCUGCUGCCCAAGCAGGGUGGUGGGGGACCGGCGGCGGCGGGUGCCACUCAAGCUUGCACUUGGGGCACUAGCGCCUUUGCUUUCCAGGGUACCAAUGCCCAUGCACUGUUGGCGGCUGCUGCCCCGGCAGGCGAGGACCUAGCGACAACACUGCAGGGUGGUCUGCUGCUGCCCGCCUGGCAGCACAAGCGCCACUAUGUGCUGCCACCAGCACACCUGCUCAUCACUGCCGCUGCAUCAGUGACAGGUGGCGCCUCUCACAAGCGUGUGCUGUUUCACGCUGAGCUGGCAGCCGCCAGCCUGGCAUUUCUGUGGGACCACCAGGUCAUGGGCAAGGCCAUCUUCCCAGGUUCGGGCUACUUUGAGCUGAAUGUUGCAGCGCUGAGGACCCUCAGCCCUGAUUCUGCCCUGCACGAGCAGGCAGUACUGGCGGGAGCAGCCAUUCCAGCCCCACUGCUGCUGCCAACUAGCGGCGGCGGUACGGUGAUAGAGUGCUGUGUGGUAGUGCCAACUGGCUUUGUUGAGAUUGCUUCAUUGGCCCCACUUGCCAGCAGUGCUAGGGCAGUGCAUGUGACAGCCACGGCAGCCAGCAUGGCGAACAGCUUGUCUUCGGCAGCUGGCGCUAGCACCAAGGAAGGAACAGCUGCUGGCGGCAGCUCAGUCAUGCUGGCAGCCAUUGUGAAGCCCGCUGGUGGCACCAGCAAGGCGGCCGCAGUUGCCACGCUGCUGAUUGACACUGGCCGCAGUGGGCUCUGUAUGGAUCCUGCCCCCUUUGACUGCUUCCUGCAGCUGGGCCAGGUUUUCAAGGCACCCGGCAGCACGGAGGUGUAUGUGCCAGCUGGCCUGGCUGCCCUUCGAGUGUCGCCUGCGGCAGCAGACCUUGAAAGCGCCGCCCCCGGCAGCACGGCGUGGGCAGCCACGGUGCCUGUGCUAGCGCCAAAGGGCAGUGUCAGCAGCGACUCCCGGCUGGGCAGCAGUGGCAGCAACGAGCGCCAGCUGUGUGUCAUCUCGGCCCUCACUGCCAAGUCCAUGGGCAAGGCCCAGGCCAGCGCCGGCCCUGCUGCUACCGCUGGUGGCAAGCUGGCGACAGCAGGGCGCACCGAGUGCCUGUAUGAGGUGGCCUGGAGGGUGACGGAGCCUGUUGCGCUUGCAACAGCAGGUGGUGACAGCAGUGGCGGGACGCUGUGGCGCCUGGCAGCCACCGACAAGGGAGAUCCCGCAGCGGCGGCAGCAUCAGCCAUUGCCUCGGUCCAGAGGAUGCUUAAAAGCGGAGUACCUGCGGCUGUGCAGCUGCAGACUGUGGGCGGUGCCCUGCUGCCAGCCAGCGCUGCCGCUGGCGAUAGCGCUACAGGCAGAACCACGGCUGCGGCUGCCUUGGUGGGACUUGUCAAAACUCUGAACCAGGAAGUGCCUCAGACCAGCUGGAGUGCCCGCAACGCCGAUUCGCAGCUGCCAGAAGGGCACAGGGCAGGUUACGCUGCUCUGGUGCGGCUGGAGGGCAGCAUUGCCGAGCUGACGGAUGCAUUCGGCGCAGCAGACCGCAGCGGUGCUUGUCUCGCCCCCCUGCUGCUCAAGUCGGCGGCACUUGAGCAGCUGGGUCCCUACCACCUGUUCCCGGUGCCGCGUGGCAGCUUGAACAGCUUGAUUCCGCUGCCGGUGGAGGCAGGCAGGAAGCUGGCACCUGGCGAGGUGCUGGUGGCAGUCCAGGCAGUGGGCAUCAACUUCAGGGAUGUGCUCAACGUGCUAGGCAUGUACCCAGGCGACCCCGGUCCGCCUGGCGGCGACUGUGCCGCCAUCGUGCUGCAUGGCCAAGUCAAGCAUGGCGAUACCGUUAUUGCUGGGCCCGGCGAUCCUGUGUUUGGCUUGGCUGCCGGCAGCCUGGGCAGCCAUGUGAUUGCCUCCAGCGAAACGGUGGUGCCUAUGCCUGCCUCUGUCAGCUUUGAGGAGGCGGCCACCAUGCCCACCGUCUUCAUCACUGCGGACACCGCCCUGCAUCGCAUUGCCUCUAUUGGCAGGGGCAGCCGUGUGCUGGUCCACGCCGCGGCCGGCGGCGUGGGCCUAGCCUCCAUGCAGGUCAUUCGUGGUGCAGGUGCAACUGCUGUUACCACUGCUGGCAGCCCAGUCAAACGGGCGCUGCUGCGGCUGCUGGGUUCGCACCAAGUGGUUGGCUCCCGUGACACACUGUUUGUCGAUGAGGUCAGCCUGGAGGGUGGCGCGGACGUGGCUCUCAACACGUUGACCAGCAGCGGCAUGGUGGCCGCAUCCCUGGCUACCCUGACGCCCGGCGCCACCUUUGUUGAGAUCAGCAAGCGCGACAUCUGGAGCCCGGCUCGUGUGGCGCAGGAGCGCCCCGACGUGGCCUACAGCCUGCUGGCCGUUGACUUCAUGUCUCCAGAGGCCAUGCAUGCCGCUCUCAUGCGCAUUUCUGCCGGCCUGGCUGCCAGCCAGCUGCACCCGCUGCCCUUGAUAUCUCACAGCAUGGGGGCGGUGCCUGCUGCGCUACGCCAGAUGAGCCAGGCGCGGCACGUGGGCAAGGUGGUGGUGUUUGCCCCCAAAGCCACCGCCUGGCGCCACAUGGACAGCGGGCUCGGCGUCCAGCCCAUGCACAACAGCGUGCUCUUCUCUUCGGUAGCGGCAGUGCUGGGCUCCGUGGGACAGCUCAACUACAGCAUUGCCAACAGCUGGCUGGACACAGCUGCUGCUGGCAAGCAGGUGAUGGGUUCCCCAGUGCUCAGCGUGCAGUUUGGCGCAUGGAAGGGAGCCGGUAUGGCUGCUGCCAGCGCAUCAAAGAUGGAGAGCAUUGGGCUGGGUGCGCUCACCCCCAGCUCAGGCCUGCACGGCUUGCAUGGGCUGCUGUUGGCCAGAGCAGCACAGCCGGGGGCGGUGGCAGGCCUGCAUGUGCCACCGCAGGUGGCCAUGGCGCCAGUAGACUGGCCCGCCUUCCUGCAAGGCAUGCCACAGCUGCCGUUCUUCUUCAGCAGCUUUGCUCACCUCAAGGCAGCCAGCAUUGCUGGCGCUGCCGGUCAACCAGAGCAUGCACAUGGGCAGAAGGCGGCUGGAGCGGCAGCCAGCCCUGCAGCUGGCAUGUCAGACAAGCAGCGCCUGGCAUAUGUCACUGACGAGGUGGAGGCUGCUGCCAAGGCAAUCAUUGGAGGUAGUGUCAGCGCCAGCGAGCCUCUUAUGGCAGCAGGCCUGGACAGCCUGGGAGCCGUGGAGCUGCGCAACAGCCUAGAGGGCAGGCUGGGAUUAGGCCUGCCCUCCACCCUGGUAUUCGACUACCCCACCAUCUCUGCCAUUGCCCAGUUCAUCAGCGCUAGCCUGGCAGCUGUUGAGCCGUCACUGGCAUCGGAAGCCGAGGGUGCAGCUCUCGCCUGUAGCUCGGUUGAUGUGGCGAGCCCCUCUGAUGUCUGUCUGCUGGGUGUCAUGGGCAUGGGCACCCGCUCGCCAGCUGGCGCCCUGGAGGCACCAGUCAUGCCAGACCCUAUGGCCAGCAUCCCCACCAGCCGGUGGGACGCUGAUAUGCAGCUGACCCAAGACAUGCCCGCCCGCUUUGGGGGCUUCCUGGCUGGAGCCUUCGUGUUUGACGCCGCCGCCUUCAGCAUCGCCGGGCCAGGCAAGCGUUUGAUCUGGGCGAAUCUAAUGGACCCUCAGCAGCGCCUCCUGCUAGAAUGCACCGAGGAGUCGCUGGCGCCAGCACGGCUGGGGCUGUGGGGCUCUGUUGCUGCAAUGGGUGUGUUUGUUGGGAUCUCCACGCCCGACUUCAGCCAGGUGGCGGGGGCGCACGCUGAGAUUUCGGCGUACAGCGCCACUGGCUCAGCCCUCAGCGUCGCUGCCGGGCGCCUGAGCUACAUCUACGGCUUCCAGGGCCCCUCGGUGGCAGUGGACACCGCAUGCUCCUCCUCCCUGGUUGGGGCCCACAUGGCUCGCAUCAGCAUGGCACAGGCCGGUGUGAAGCUCAUCCUAACUCCCGACACCUCAGCCAUGUUCAACCGUGCCGGCAUGCUCACCAUGGAUGGCCGAUGCAAGACGCUGGAUGCCGCCGCAGAUGGGUAUGUGCGGGGCGAAGCUGUCGUCGCACUGGUGCUCCAGCAGCUGGCCGACGCUCCGAAGAGCGAUGCUCUCUCAGCCAGCACCAUGACAGCGAUGUGCUGCCUGGUGAGCAGCGCAGUGAAUCAGGAUGGACGCAGCAGCACGCUGACCGCGCCCAAUGGCCCCGCCCAGCAGACGGCGGUGCGCCAGGCUCUGUCGUCGGGCGGGUUGGCUGCAGCAACUGUUGCCAUGGUGCAGCUGCAUGGCACAGGCACCCCGCUGGGCGACCCCAUUGAAGUGGGAGCGCUGGCAGCAGUGCUGGGCGCGGCACGCAGCAGGGCAGCUGCCGCCAGGCAGGUGGUUCUGGCUGCCGGCAAGACCAGCAUGGGCCACACAGAGCCGGCGGCAGGCAUGGUGGGAGUGGCUCAUGCAGCCCAGGCGCUGGCGGCGGUGCUGGUGCAACCAAUCCUGCACCUCCACAAGCUGAACCCAUACAUGGAAGGCAGUGUGAGUGCUGCCAACAGCGGCCUGUUUGCCAUCACGCGCGAGCUGGGCGGCUUCGCCGGCCUCGCCACGCCUCUUCCCAGCCUGGCAGGCACCAGCUCCUUUGCUUUCCAAGGCACUAAUGCCCAUGCGCUCAUCAGCCCAGCAGCAGACAACGGGACCUCGACAGUUGGCAUCCUCACACCAAUAUGGAAGCGGCAAUAUGUGAAUGUGGUGCCCCCUGCGCACGUCCAGCUUUACAUUGCCAGCGUGGGAGGGGCAGGCGCAGCCCGGCGCCUGGCGUACGACAUGCGGCUGGGCUCCCAGGCGGUGCAUGCUUUCUUCUGUGACCACCAAGUGUCUGGCAAAAUUGUGUUCCCAGGCGCUGGCUACUUGGAGAUGGCGGCAGCAGUGGCCCACGCCCUGCUGAACGGCGCUUCCAGACCAGCCGCCUGCCUGGUUGGCACAGCCAUCUCUGCACCUCUCCUCCUGCCCAGCCCAGCCUCAUCGCUGGCUGAAUUCAAGCAGGCCAGCCUGCGGGCAGAGGUCGCAGUGUCAGACGGCACCUGCCAGCUUGCCAGCCCCGGCACCGUUCACUUGGGAGGCAGGGUGCCUACCCAGCAGCCCGCAGGCGGCAGCAAGAAUACCUUUAUCCCUGCAUCCCUAGCAGCACUAUACGUGGGGCAUGGUAUCAGCAGGAGUAGUGGUGCCGCCACGGCCUUCGCACUGCGUCCUGCUGGCCGACAGGACACUGAUGCAACUGUGCUUCGCAAUCACAUGAUUGUUGGAGCCAGUGGCAGCCUGGUUUGCCAGCUGGAUGGGCUAGAGUCCAAGGCCACUGCCGGCAGGGCCAGGGCUGGAGCUGGGGCAGCCGCAGGUAGCAGCGCUGCUGCCUCCAGGCAGGAUAUGCUUUACGAGAUCGGCUGGGCAGCAGCCAGCCUGGCUGAUCUGGCAGCCAGCGCAGCCACGGCAGAUGAUCUCAAUUUGGCGGUUGCUUCCUUGGGUAGCGUGCAGCUGGCAGCAGCCAGCAUGGCUGCUGUGCAGGGCGCUCUAGUUGGCAACGCUUCUAGCUUGCGGCUAAGCACCUGCAGCCAGCAUGGUGUGGUUGCACUGCCAGCUGGCCUUGCCAGCACUUCUUCAGCCGGCCAGCUGUGGGGCCUGCUUCGCACCACUGCUGCCGAGUGCCAGACCCUGGCAGUGUCUGGCUCAGACGGGGAUGCUCUGGCUGCUGGCUCUGCAGCACCUGCCACCUCGACACAGCUAACAGUUGGUAACCAGGGGCAGGUGGCUGCGCCAUUUGAUGGCUACGGCGCCGCAACGGCAGCAGGCUCCCUAUACCUCCCUUACAUGCGCCCCUGCGCUGCCAGGAGCGCACCGGCGCCCUUCCAGCUUUUCCCGCAGCCCCGUGGCGCGCUGAACAACCUGGCCCAACUGCCAGUGGAUGGCAGUGCCACCAGCUUGGGCCCCGGCCAAGUGCUGGUGGCGGUGAAGGCAGUGGGAAUCAACUUUAGGGAUGUGCUCAACGUGUUGGGCAUGUACCCCGGAGACCCCGGCCCGCCUGGCGGCGACUGCGCCGGCGUGGUAGUGGCUUCCUGCCCUACGGUUGAUGGUGGUCCCACCUUGGCAGUUGGUCAACCUGUCUUUGGCCUGGCCGCUGGCAGCCUGGGCAGCCAUGUUGUGGCCUCUAUGAAGACAGUGGUGCCACUGCCGGCAUCCCUGAUCUUUGAGGAGGCGGCCACCAUGCCCACCGUCUUCAUCACCGUGGACACCGCCGUCAACCAGCUGGCAGCCGCCACUCCAGCCGAUCGGGUGUUGGUGCACGCCGCUGCCGGCGGUGUGGGCCUGGCCGCCAUGCAGGUCAUCCAUGCUGCCGGGGCGACCGCCGUCACGACGGCAGGCAGCAGCAACAAGCGUGCUUUGUUGCGCUCACUCGGCGUAGCCCAUGUCGGCAGCUCUCGGGACACGUCCUUUGUGAGCGAGCUGGCAGAGGUUGGGGGCGCCAGCGUGGUGCUCAACAGCCUGACCAGCAGCGGCAUGGUGGCGGGGUCGUUGGCGGUGCUGGGCGGCGGCGGCCGGUUUGUGGAGAUCAGCAAGCGCGACAUCUGGAGCGCGGCACGCGUGGCACAAGAGCGCCCCGACGUCGCUUACUCCCUGGUUGCCGUGGACUUCAUGUCAGAGGGAGCCCUGCACGCCGCGCUGUCCCGUGUGGCGGCCGGAGUUGCGGCUGGCGCCCUGCGCCCUCUGCCCCAAGUGGCCCACAGCCUGUCGGCAGUGCAGGCGGCGCUGCGCCAGAUGAGCCAGGCGCGGCACGUGGGCAAGGUGGUGGUUCGGGCGCCGGCGCUGGCAACCCAACAGGGUGGCACCAGUCCCUCAGUGGUGAUCACCGGAGGCAUGGGCACACUGGGCACCCAGGUGGCUGCGUGGCUGGCACAACAGCAGAUCCGGCAGCUGCUACUGCUCGGCCGAAGCGGUCGCACAGCGGCAUCCGGGGAGGGCCUCGCUUUGCUGGAGCCGGGCUGUGCGGCCUUUGCUGCCGCCGUCACCAUGGCAAUGUGUGAUGCCAGCAGCGCAGAGGGUGCGGCAGGCCUGGCCGCGCCACCGGCCUGCGGCAGGCCCGUGCUUGGCCUGAUGCAUGCUGGUGGCGUGCUGGCAGAUGGCGUGCUGGGCUCCCAGACGCUGGGCAGCCUGCGGACUGUGUUUGCACCCAAGGUGCAGGCAGCCGUCCAGCUGAACGUUGCCUAUGGCCACCAGCCUGGAGCCUUUCAGAUCCUCUUCUCGUCUGUGGCGGCGCUGCUGGGCUCUCCUGGCCAGGCCAACUACAGCGCAGCAAAUGCGGCGCUGGAUGCCACGGCUCAGCGUGCACAGCUGGCCGGCACUGUCGCUACCAGCAUGCAGUGGGGCGCCUGGGCGGGUGCCGGCAUGGCGGCCAACGACGCCUCCACAGCCGCACGCGUGGAGCGCACUGACAUGGCCUUGGUUCAGCCUCAACAGGGCAUGAUGGUGCUUGAGAGCAUGCUGGUUCCCAGUGAGCGAGCAGCAGUGUCCCCAGCGCCGCCGCUUCUGGCGGCCAAUGCCUUUGUUUGGGACAAGUUUUUGCGGCGCUUUGGCGGCGCAGCGGCUGUGCCGCCCUUCCUUUCGGAGUUUGCCGGCGACACCGCCGGCAGCCAGGCAUCAGUUGGUGCACCGGCUGGUGGCCUGGCUGGUGGCCGCAAGCCCGGCGCCAGCGGCCGGGGCCUGUCUGCGGCAGACCGUAAGGCUGCGGUGCUGGAGCAGGUGCAGGAUGCGGUGCGCGGUAUCCUGGGCUCGGAGAUUGGCUCUGGGGAGGCCCUGAUGGCGGCGGGCCUGGACAGCCUGGGUGCUGUAGAGCUCAAAAACAGCCUGGAGGCUCGGCUGGGCGUGCAGCUGCCGGGGACCCUGGUGUUCGAUUACCCCUCGGCGGCGGCCAUCGCCGGGUUUGUGGAGACGGUGCUGCCAGCUGACGAGGGCGGUGAGGAGGAGGAGGAUGCAGAGACCGACGGCGAGCUGGCGCUGAGCCCGCUCGCUCCGCGUGGGCUGGUGGCGGCCAUGCCGGCAGGUGCCGCACUGGCGCUGCUGGGCAUGUCGAGCCGCACGGCAGGAGAUGCUGUGCUGUCGUUGGCGCCUGUCGACAUCAUUACUCCCAUCCCGCUGGAGCACUGGGAUGUGGAUCUGAGCCAGCCCGGCACCCUGCCGGCUCGUUUUGGUGGCUUCAUUUCCGCCACAGACCUCUUUGACGUGGCAUUGUUUGGUUUGAGCGGGAGCGAGGCGGAGCUGAUGGAUGCGCAGCAGCGCCUGCUGCUGGAGACAACCCUGGAGGCCCUCAGCCAGGCUGGCGCCAGCAUAGCACAGCCCAGCAGUACCGCUGUCGCGGUGGGCAUCGCUUCUGCCGAAUACAACAACCACUUGGUGCCCCGCUUCACACCAGGCGCCGUCAGCGCCUACUCGGCAACAGGAGGCGCGCUAUCAGUGGCCAGCGGGCGGCUCAGCUAUGCUUUUGGUUUCAAGGGCCCCGCCAUCAGCGUGGACACCGCCUGCUCCUCCUCCCUGGUGGCCUCGCACAUUGCAGCAGGCAACGUGCUAAGUGGCGUGUCCAGUGGAGGCCUGGCGGCAGGCGCCGGGUUGCUGCUGUCUCCAGACACCACAUCUAUGUUCCACAAGGCGGGCAUGCUGGCGGCGGAUGGCCGGUGCAAGACGCUGGAUGCCGCCGCCGACGGCUACGUGCGUGGCGAGGCGGUGGGCGCCCUGCUGCUGCAGGCAGUCCAGCUCCUGGCUCACCAGGGUGCGCUGGCGCUCUUCUGCGGCAGUGCAGUCAACCAGGACGGGCGCAGCAGCAGCCUGACAGCCCCCAACGGCCCCAGCCAGCAGGAGGUGGUGCGCCAGGCGCUGGCAUUUGGGCGCCUGGCAGCCACUGAUGUCAGCUACCUGCAGAUGCAUGGCACAGGCACCCCGCUGGGCGACCCGAUUGAGAUGGGAGCGGCGGCGGCUGUGCUGGUGGAUGGCGCCAGGCGCAGCCUGCCACUAGGCCUCAGCACUGCAAAGUGUUGGAUCGGGCAUACCGAGGCCGCGGCAGGGGCCAUGGGCCUCACGCAUGCCGGCGUGGCGCUGUCUCACCGCCUCGCCCACGGCAUCAUGCACCUGACAGCCAUCAACAGCCAUGUGGCCGCCAUUCUGGACAUGUCAGCCGCCAAGGCAGCGGCGCCAGGCUGGCACCUGCCCCGCAUGGCGCUGCCGGCGGGCGCGGAUGCCAGCGGCAGCAGCAGCACAGCGAUCUGCGGCGUCAGCUCAUUUGCUUUCCAGGGCACCAAUGCCCACGCGCUGCUUCAGCAGGCCGACUGCCCCACGGCCACACACACUAUGCCUAGCCAGCUGGCAGUAUGGAACAAGCAGCGCGUGUGGGUGGCGCCACCUGUGCACAUCCUGCUGCUGUCGGCCGCUGCCACCAGUAGCUCACGUUUUGCCCGGCGGCAGACAGUCGCGGCGGUGGCACUGGAGGUGGCCCUGGGAGCACCGAAGCUGGCCUUCCUGUGGCAGCACAGCGUGCUUGGCAUGGCCAUGUUCCCAGCCACAGCCUUCCUGGAGAUGGCGGCAGGAGCCAGUCGGCAGCUGCUCAACAGAAACGACCUGUCUGGUACAGCCUUGCGGUCGGCCGUGUUUGCCACACCGCUGGCCCUGCCAACCGUGGCAGCAGCGGCUACCCGCGUGCGCUGCGUAGUGCAGGCGGCGGCCGGGACGUUUGAGAUCAGCUCGGCGGCCACAAAUGCCGCUCAGCACCGCACACACUUCUAUGCCAGCUUUGGCAGGAAGGAACCCACCACAGGUGGAAGGCUUGCAGCGCUGUCGGUGCCUGCGGCGCCCGCAACGCUCGCAGCCUCUGUGGUGGUGGUGGUAGUGGGUCGCGUGCCCACGAUGAUCGCCAGGCUGGCAGUUGCUGAGGUGGCGGUACCAGAGGAGCAGCUGGGCAUGAGCGUGCACCCGGCUGUGUCGGAGGCUGCCAUGCAUGUGGCAGCCGCACACCAGCCCCAGCACAGGGCGCUGAGGGUCGCUGCUCGAAUGGACGCUGUUCUCAUGCCCCUGCCUGUGGCAGACAUGCGACUGUGGGCCAGCAGCUUGGUGGUCGGGGCAGCACCAGGCGUUGCGGCUGCGGCUGCCGGCAGCGGCCGGCAGGAGCAGCAGCUGAUAGGCAGCGGGGGGCUGACCAUGCUGAUGGCAGGCAUGGAGACACGCCGCCUGGUGGCCAAGCGCCCCGCCAUGAUGACGCCGCGUACCCCUCUCUCUCCUCACGGUGCGGAGGAGGUGCUCCUCAGCCCCUUCAACCUGCACACGCCCCACACGCCGCUGUACCUGCUGUCCCCAUCGGCGGAUGCCACCGCCUAUUCGCUGGGCGGUGGCACUGGGGUUCUGGCCUCCUACCACAGCAUCACAGAGGUGGCUGCUACGGGCGGCGGCCUGGAGGGAGUGUUCACACUGGAGAGCCUGCAGGCCCUGGUCGCGGAGCAGGUGCAGGCUGUGCUGGGCAACACGGUGGGUGGGGACGACCCGCUGAUGGCUGCCGGCCUGGACAGCCUGGGCUCCACCGAGCUGCAGCAGAGCCUGGCGGAUGCUCUGGGCGUGGAGCUGCCCUCCACCCUGGUGUUUGACUACCCCACAGUCAACGCCAUGGCAGAGUUCCUGGCCGGCAAGCUAAGCCCCGCGGCGCCAGGCGGCCGCGCUGCCAGCCCGCUCUCGGCGCAAUCGGCACUGGCUCAUGGCGGCUACAGUGCCGGUGCUGGGGCGGUGGCCAUUGUGGGCGCCGCAGGCCAGCACGAGCUGCAGCCAGCAGGGGCCCCUGUGGCAGAUGCCGCCGUGCGUGUGCCGUAUGGCCGCUGGGAUGCCGACUCGCCGCUCAUCACCGCCGACGGCACCUUACCUGCUCAGUUUGGUAUCUUCCUGCCGCGUGUGGAGCUCUUCGAUGCCGAGCUGUUUGCCACGAUGCGCAGCGAGGCGCUCACAAUGGACCCACAGCAGCGCCUGCUGCUGCACGCCGCGCACGAGGCGUUGCCGGGAGGGCCCGGCGCCGCCUCGGGGCGCGCCGUGGGCGCGUAUGUGGGCAUUGCCGCUACCGACUACGAGACCUUAACCCACCAGCACGGCGUGGCCAUCUCCAGCUUCUCUUUCACCGCUGCCUCACCCAGCGUGGCCAGCGGGCGGCUCGCAUAUGCCUUCGGCCUGCGGGGCCCCACCGCCAGCGUGGACACAGCGUGCUCAGCAUCGCUGGUGGCCGCACACAUGGCCUGCCUGUCCUUCAGGGAGGGGCGCAUGGAGGCGGCACUGACGGCGGGUGUGCUGCUGUGCCUGGUGCCAGAGUCCACCCUGAUGCUGACACGGGCCACCAUGCUGUCGCCAGAAGGGCGCAGCAAGACGCUGGAUGCCUCGGCAGACGGCUACGCACGGGGCGAGACGUGCAGGGUGCUGUGCCUGCGCCCGCAUGGCGCCACGCUGGCUGGUGAAGGCGGCAGUGGCGGCGGCAUGCACCAGCUGCCCCUGGGCCUGCUGCUCGCCUCGGCUGUCAAUACCAACGGCAGGGCCAGCAGCCUGACCGCCCCCAACGGCCCGGCGCAGCAGGCGCUGCUGCGUGAGGCACUGCUGGUUGCGGGGGUGCGGGCGGGUGAGGUGGCGGGCCUGCAGAUGCACAGCAACGGCACAGCGCUGGGCGACCCCAUUGAAGUGGGCGCCGCCUCGGCUGUCUUCCUGGAGGGCGCUCACUCGUACCACCAGCAGCAGGUGCAGCAGCCCCAGCGCCGUGCUUUCCUAUUUGCCACAGUCAAGGGCAUUACCGGGCACCAAGAGUCUGGAGCCGGUGCAGCGGGGCUCCAGCAUGCCAGCCAGCUGGUGCAGAGCAGUUCGGUGCCGCCCGCGCUGCACCUGCGCCACCUCAACCCUCACGUGCAUGGCGCCCUGGCAGGGCACGCAGUGUGCAUCGCACGAGGCGGGCCGCAUGGCGUGCCCGUCUCCCAAGCCACCGCCGCCCUGCUGGUGGGCAUCAGCAGCUUUGGCGCCCAAGGCACCAACGCCCACGCGCUGCUGGCCGGCAGCGGCGCCGCUGCGGUGAUCAGUGCCUGGAGCGCGGGCCUUCCUCCCGCCUGGAGGCGGUCCCGCUGCUAUGUGGCCCCACCUGCGCAGCACCUGCUCACCAGCUGCCUGCUGCGAAAGCGCAGUCGGGGCGGCGCCAUGGCCUUUGACAGCAGCCUGUCGGCACCCCGUCUGGCCUACCUGUGGCAGUAUAGCCUGCACGGCAGGGCCUUCCUGAGCACCUCAGCAGUGCUCAGCAUGGCGGCCUCGCUGCUGCCGCUGCUGGGAGCGGUGGCGGAUGGCGAGGAUCCGGUAUCCGCGGCCUCAGUGGCGGCGGUGGUUGAGGCUGCCAUGGUCGCCCCAGCCAUGCUGCCGCAGGCAGCGGCAGCCCGGGUGGCCGCUGCUGUGGCCAGAGUGAAGCUGGCGGGUACCAGCGGUGCUGUGGAGGUGGCCCUGGCGGACCAGCAGCUGCUUGCAGCCAAGUUUGCUGCUAGCCCCGAGGCAGCCAGGGCGGAUGGUGGAGGUGCAACACCUGUGCCUACCCCCAGGGCCGCUGCCGUUAGGGCACAGCUGGUGGGCCGUGUGCCCGCCAGCGACUCAACUGCACCGGCGAGCGUAGUGGCAGAGGCAGCACCUCUGGCCCCAGCCGAGGUGUCAGGCUAUGCCCUGCACCCUGCCCUGCUGGAUGCUUGCCUGGGCCAGGCGGCAUCCGUGGCAGAUGCCGCAGCGGCACCCUUCCCUUGGGUCCGCAGCGUGGCAGCCCUGCUCGUCGGCAGCAGCAGCCCCACGGGUGGAAGCGUGGCAGCCGUGUACCAGCCAGCCGACAGCUGGCAGGCGGGCAGCGGCAGCCUGGCGGCCCAAGCUGCCCACAUCGCAGCGGCAACGCUGCUGGGUGUGGUGCUGGGUGACCAAGACAUGCCGCCCGCCUCGCCCGGCCCAAGCUCCAUGCCACUAUCCGCAAGGGCAGGGCAGCUUGGCGGGCCUUUGGCGGGUGGGGAAGAGGAGGAGGCACCAGGGGUGCCGGCAGACCACCCGCUCCUGCAGAUGCCAGAGGGGGAGCGCCUGCUGCACCUGCAGGCACAGGUGAUGAGCGAGGUGCGGGCCAUGCUGGGCCGCGCUGUGCAUCCCGACGAACCACUCAUGGCGGCGGGGUUGGACUCGCGUGGCGGCAUGGAGCUUCGCCGCACACUGGCCGGAAGCCUGGGCCUUCAGCUCCCCGUCACCCUCCUGUACGAUUACCAGUCUGUGGGCGAGGUGGUAGAGUACAUCAACGGCGUGCUGAUGGAAGGUGCAGCUGUGUCGGUGGCAGCUGGCGCUGCCGAGCUGCCCGGGGGUGCCGGCGCUGAGUCAGACUCGGAUGUUGAAGAGUUUACAGGCUCUGCCCAGCGCCAGCCUCGCUCCGGCGCUGGCGCUGCGGCUGCCGCGGCUGCCGACAGCAAGCCCAGCCAGCUUCUCAAGACGCUGCGGCUGGCGCCACCUGAGCGGCCGCUGUUCCUGGCAGCCCCCGGCGUGGCCAACGCCCAGUCAGCCUACUUCUCCUUCUCGCAGUUCCUGCAGUGGUCCACCCAGCCCAUCUACGUUCUGGACAAGGACAACGACCUGGAUGUCAGCCGCCUGGCGGCACAGAACGCGGCAGACAUGGUUCGGGUGCAGCCCGAGGGCCCCUACCUGGUGGGAGGCCACUCGUACGGCGGAGUGGUGUCCAUGGAGAUUGCCAUGGUGCUGGAGAGCUGGGGGCACACCGUGGGCCUGGUGCUGAUCAUGGACACUCCUCAUCCGAACCAGGUGCGGCGGGCCCAGCCCGAGGCCGAGGCGGCCAACGAGGAGGACGCCAUGGAGCUGAUGGAGAUGAUCCUCGGGGCGCUAGGCCGCGACGCCCUGGGCAUGGGGAGCAGCAUCGCACACCCGCGCGAGAGCGAGGAGUGGCGGGGCAUGGACCUGCAGCAGAAGUUUGAGUUCUUUGCGCCCAUCUGGCGCGUUAUGCGCGACAGCAACAUGACCGUGGAGGAGGCCUCGUCCGUCUCAGACCUGCGCCGCUUCAACUUCCUGGCAUCGGCCAUCAAGGCCCCUAUUGUCUACUUCCGCGCCGCCAACCCCGGCGUGUGCACGUACAUGGACGACCGGCGGGACGCUGCGGUACCGCAUGGCGCCUGCUGGUACGACAUGUGCGACGACUGCGAGGUCAUUGACGUGCCGGGGGACCACUUCUCCAUCCUGCGCCAGGACCUCGGCGACAUGAACCUGAUUGUCACUGCGCUGAAGCAGAAGCUGGCUCCGUUUGGGUGGACAGAGGCGGUGCGGCGCGGCGACGAGCAGCGCGGCUAUGCGGUGUCUGCGGCGGAGAUGCAGGACAUCGACAGCUACCUGCAAAAGAUGGGCGUGAAGGACCCCGGCCUGAGGCGCCGUGUGGAAGCGGGCGUGCCGUACGCCGACGCAGCGGCGCUGGGUGGCGGGGCCUCUGGCAUGGCGGCACAGCCGGUGGAGCUCGUGAAUGCUGCGGCACGGGAGGCCAGCAGCAGCGGCAGCGGGGCCGGCACGCCGGUGCUGGUGCUGUGCUGCGACGCGGACGGCGGGCUGGGUGGACUGGAGCCGCUCCUGACGGCGCUGGAACUGCCGGUGUUUGCGGUGUGCCUGCCCGAGGCUGGCGAGAUGGCGGGGGCGCCUGCUGAUGUGGCGGAGCUUGCCAUCCUGGCGCUCAAGGCUGCUCGAGGCGUGGCGCCGGCGGGCUGCCCACUGCUGCUGGGAGGGGUGGGCUUUGGCGCUGUGCUGGCGCAUGAGCUGGCGAUCCAGCUCAGCGCCAGCUCACCAGACACUGUUCAGGCGCUGGCUCUGUUUGAGGGACUGCACACCCUGCGCCAUCCGGCCGCCCUGCUCAGCUGGCUGGCCCCGCCCAAGCGCCGCGAGGUGUGCCAGGCAGCGGCGGCGCUGUACCCCGUGGUGGCGGCGGCGGCGGGGGCUGCUGCGCCUGGCAUCGAGGCCUUUGCUGCCCGUCUAGCCAGCAUUGCCAGCUAUGAGGAGCAGCUCGACUAUGUGGCCUCCUUCAAGCUAGCAGAGGAGAGCCAGGCGACCUGGGACCAUCGCAUCGCCGCCCUCCUGGACCGCCUGGCCUACUGGCAGGCUCUGGCAGAGGGCUACCGUGCUCUGGACAUCUAUGUUGGCCCCACCCUGGUGUUUGCCCGCCAGCGAGGCGCCACAGGGCAGCAGCCUGUCGGCGGCGCCGCCGGUUUGCUGGCUGCGGGUGGCCCUGGAGGCGAGUGGCGCAGCAUUGCACAGCUGGUGCAGCCUGCAGCGCUGCAUGAGCUGCCAGAGGGCGGCAGCACAGCCGCGCUAGCCGCACGGCAGGUGCAAGCCGCGCUGCUGGCGGCGGCGGCAGAGGCAGCAGAGGCGGAGGCAGCAUCUCCCGAGGUGGCAGCGAUGGAGCAGGGCAGCAGCAUGAUGCUGACGCCGCGCCAGCCUCCCUCUCCCUCGCCCUUCAGCCCGCCUGCCGACUCCGAAACAGCCACCAUCGUGCUGCCGCUCAACCGGCUGUGCCCCGAGCGGCGCUACAUCCUGCGCCGCAGCGGGCGCAGCAGCAGCGGAACGCCGCGCCAGCUGCUGGCGCCGCCUCUGGCGCGCCUGCCGCUGUGGCUAGUGGGCAACGAGACGGGCAGCAUCACAGGGUCGCUCAAGGAGAUGGCGGCUGAGCUGCCGCUGCCCUGCUACGGGCUGGCAAUGGGCGGGGAGGCUGCCAACCUGGGGAGCCUGGCUGAGCUGGCGGCUCACUACGUGGCGGCGGUACAGGCGGUACAACCACGCGGCCCCUACCUGCUGGCCGGCUGCAGCAUCAGCGGCGCCGCGGUGGCUCACGCCGCCGCCGCGCAGCUGCAGGCUGCCGGCCAGCGUGUAUGCGCUGUUCUAUUUGCUGCGCGAGAUUGGCAGCCUGCGGGGCCCCAUGGAGAGUUCAUUGACAGCUUGCGCGCCGCGGGCAGCCCCAGCCAGCAGCUGCGCCUGCUCAACGCCUACCGCCCCGCGGAGCUGGCGGCCGUGGGGGCGGGAGAGGAGCACUGGGAUGCCGCGGUGUACUCAACCCUGGACCGCGCCACGCUGCUCAAGCGCCUCCUACGUGGCGCUGCAUACGGCGGCUCUGCCGCCGGCAGCGGCAGCAGCACCCCGAGCAGCUCCAGCGUGGCGAGCUCCAGCAGCGGCGUUGGCGGCAUGCCUGCGUUUGGUGGCCACACGGCGCAACGGCCAGGCUCCGACGCCACGCCGGGCGGCGUGCUGCACGUGCCGCUGGAGGCUCGCCACACCGAGUGCCUGCUCAGCGAGCAGGGGUGGCAGGCCACAGCUGUGGCGCUGGCAGAGGCCGUCAGGGCGGUGUUGCCGCUGUUGUGAGGAGGGUGCAUGGCUUGCGUCAACUUGAUUGCAUGAAUUGAGGUUCACUUCCCCAUCGAUAUAGAUGCACCAUUUUGCACCCACUCUUGUAAGGAGCAUAGC